AUGGCUACUUGUGUUUUGCUGGAACUUCCGAGGGAUCCAAAAGAUAGAGUCAAAGACCGACCGAUUUCUGUAUUUGAAUCUUGUUUGGCUAAGUUUCAACGUGAACGAGCUCGUAAACAAGCUCUUGCGCGUAACACUGCUCGUGCACGCAACGCUGCUAGUGCAAAUGGUGAUCUUAACCAUGAUGAUGAGAUAGGAGGCAGCUAG